AAAUUUGAAUGUGGACACUUUUUUCCGGUCAUUUUUCUAAUUUGCAUUACCUCAAAUAGUUCUGAAUAAUUUAUUCAAAAAAUGUUACUUUGUAUUCUGUGUAUACUGUACUUUUUCACAACUGUUACUCAACAAUGUGCACCACAUUCACCGAGUCCUUGGACAAAAACAACUCACGUAAAUAAUCAUCAUCAUCAUCAAACUGUUGAGAACUUUUAUCUAGACAACCGAACAAUUUACCACAAGAUUAUUGAAAUCGAGAAGCGAAUUGAAAGGAUUGAAGAAAAAGAGAAUAAUGUUCUACCAGAGCCAUCAAAACCUAACAAUCCUGUUGUGAAUCCACCUGUGAGCCCUAUUCAACCGAAAACUGACCCAGAACAAUCCGAAAAUGAUUGCUUGUCAUGUCCUUCGCUAAUUCCAAUUUUGGAUAGUUGUGAAAACUGUGUUAGUGUCAAGAUAUCACCUCCAUUUGAAUAUUAUUCAUGCAAAGCAGUUGAACUUAAAUGUGGAGAUGGUGCAAAGAAAUUGAAGAUUUCGGAUGGAUUCCAGAAAAAUAUUCACGAGAAUAAUUUCAAGUUGAUUUGUAAAAAUGGAAGUUGGAUGAUGAUGGCAAAUCACGCGGAGCAUAAAGUUGAGACGAUCACUUGUCUAACAAAUUAAUUUGAACCUUGGUGAUAAUUUAUUAUAUUUUUAAUAGCUUCUCCUUCUAGGUUAGAAAAUCUUGUGCAAUUUUUCAAAAAACUUGAUAA